AUGGACGAUUACACGAGAGAAAUGAUGGACCUGAAAACACUCGUCACUCGAACCCUAGAGAAAAAGGGUGUCCUUGCUAAGAUCCGGGCUGAACUCAGGGCAAGUGUUUUUGAAGCAAUUGAAGAGGAGGAUAGGGUAAUUGAAAAAGAUGAAGGCUUACCUCCUGCAUUGUUGGGUAGCUGCAAUGAUCGUGCUAAACAACUUCAUGCUUCUCCUUCGGGGAGGCUGCUAACUGCAUUGAUAUGUGAAUACUUCGACUGGGCACAGCUAAAUCAUACACUAAAAGUUUAUCAACCAGAAUGCAAUUUGCAAAAAGAUUCUUGGAAAGCAGAGUUGAAAGAAUUUAGUAGCAAGAAUGGAUAUGAUCUGAACCGGAAUGGAGAUAGUGGCCCUUUGCUUUUGGAUGUUCUUGAAGGAUUCUUGAAAUUUGAGAAUUUAUCCCAAGGAAGGGGUACUGGAAGGAGAGUACCAGAGACCGAAUCCUUAUCCAAUGUAGAGUCCAGGAAUAUGCGAAGACCCUCUUCAUCAUCUGUUGCUGGUGGCUUACCUCCAUUAGGAAGACCAGCUUCUUCUCAGGCAUCUGAUAGGAGAGCAGGGUCCUCCAUGUCUGGUUACAGGAAAGAUGAUUACAAUUGGAGAUAUGACAGUGACGAACUUCCUGAGGAUGUGAUUCGAGCUUCUGCUGCCCUGGAAAACCUUCAGUUGGACAGGAAAGCUCGGAAUCUUACUACAUCUUGGAGGCAUGCUGGGGAUGGCAUCAGUGAUGAUGAUGGGAGGGUUGACCAUAUUUAG